AUGAACCGCAUCUUCGGCACAUCCAAACCCCGCGCGCCCAAACCCACCAUCGCAGACGCCAUCAGCUCCACAGAUGCAAGAGCAGAUUCCGUCGAAGUCAAGAUGCGCAAACUGGACGCGGAGCUUGUCAAGUACAAGGAGCAGAUGAAGAAGAUGCGGGAGGGGCCUGCGAAGGAGGCUGUCAAGCAGAAGGCGUUGAGAGUGUUGAAGCAGAAGAAAUUGUACGAAGGCCAACGCGACCAACUGGUCCAACAAUCCUUCAACAUGGAGCAAGGCACGAUGGCGCUCGACAACCUCAAAAACACGCUCACGACCGUCGACGCGAUGCAGCUCGCCAACAAGGAACUAAAGGGGCAGUACAAGAAGAUCAACAUCGACAAGAUCGAGAAGAUACAGGAUGAGAUGGAGGAUCUGAUGGAGCAGGCGAACGAGCUGCAGGAGACGAUGGGGAGGGCUUAUGGGUUGCCGGACGGGGUUGACGAGGAUGAUUUGGAGGCUGAGCUGGAAGCAUUAGGAGACGACCUGCUGGAAGACGAGGCGGAACCGUCGUAUCUGCAGGAGCCGACGUACGCAGCCGAGCUGCCUGCCGCGGGGACGUCUGAGCCUGCAACGGCUGUGCAGGUGGAUGAAUACGGUCUUCCCGUAGCACCAACACCUGCGAAAAUGAACGCAUAAACCACAAUCGUCCGGCCAACACACUUCUGCUCCCGCCCCGCUCUACUUCUCUAUCCGAGCCCAUUUUUAUGAGGCAUCGUAGUCACGCAAGCACUUCGGUGCUGUGCCAUGCCCCAUAGACGGACGGGCAGGUGGACGGAUGGUGGCGAAAAUCGGGCAGAGUAGUCGGUAGUGCGCGGGCGGGGCAUGGAAUUCGGGUAAACGGGGGUGCAAUUUUGG